CGUCAUGAAUUACGAAGAAGAAAUUAUACAAGCCAUCAGUAUAGGCUUAGUUGUUGCUACCUUUCUUCUCAAUAUUGGUUAUGCUUUAAAAGCCAUCGAGUUAUGCAAGGAAAGCUUGGUUUUUCUCAGUAACAAAGCACAGAGAAAAGGAAAGCAAUUAUGCCAACUAAUUCACAAAAAGAUCUAUUACACCAUGUUUGACGCGUACGCAGUGUUAGCGAUCAUACAAAUGCAAUGGCAUACGGCAGGAGACUUCUCGCUAUUUAUCGCGGGUGUUGUGAUACAGUCGAAGAAGGCCGGCUUAGCAUACUACUGGCACAGAUGUAUCGGCGCCAAAAGAUGUAUGCUGAUGCAAAACAACUUCUUGAGAGACCAAUCCCUGUCAUACAACCGACUGAUAAAAGAAGAGAAGAAUGUGCUUAUAGAGAGCUAGGAAAUGAGUUACAUUCCAUCGGUGAAUAUGUCAAGGCUAGAGAACAUUACGAGAAAGCACUUGCGAUCAGCAUGGAAAUGGGUAAUAGAGCAGGAGAAGCACCAUGUUGUGCAAAUCUAGGAAGUGUGCUUCGUUCUCUCGGAGAAUAUGUCGAGGCUAAAGAAUAUUACGAGAAAGCACUUGCAAUCAGCAUGCAAAUUGGUGACAAAGUAGGAGAAGCAGUAUGUUAUGGAAGCUUAGGAAAGGUGUUUCAAUCUCUCGGUGAAUAUUUCAAAGCUAAAGAAUAUUACGAGAGAGCGCUUUCCAUCAACAUGGAAAUUGGUGACAAAGCUGUAAGAGCAACUUGUUAUGGAAAUUUAGGACCUCUUUUUUAUGCUCUCGGUGAAUACGUCAAGGCUAAAGAGUAUUACGAGAAAGCACUCGCGAUCAGCGUGGAAAUUGGUGACAGAGUAGGAGAACAAAGAUCUCAUGGAAAUCUAGGAACUCUGUUUCAUUGUCUUGGUGAAUAUCGCAAGGCUGAAGAAUAUCAUGAGAAAGGACUCGCGAUCGAAAUGGAAAUUGGUGAAAGAGAAGGACAAUUAAGAACAUGCCUAAACCUGGCAGCUGUCUUUGUUGAGCUUGGAGAAUAUAGAAAGAGAAAAUCAUAUUGCGACAAAGCACUUGCGAUCAGAUUGUUACCGAACGGAAGGUAAUUUUUUUCAAUCCCUCGGUGAUAAAGUGAAAGCCAAAGCCUGCUUUGAGAAAGCACUGGUGAUUGCAGUUGAAAUUGGUCAUAGAAGAGUAGAGGCCUUAAGUUACCGGGAUCUUGGGCGACUGUGUCAAUCUCUUGGCGAUCAUGACGUGGCCGAAGAAUAUCUUGAGAAGGCACUUUCAACAAGUAAAGAUAUUGGGAACGCUGAAAGUGAGUUUUUGUGCUAUUGUAAUCUUACAUUGACGAAGUUAUCACAGAAGAACUUUGAAGGAGCUUUUUCCCUUUUGUUUCGAAGUAUUGAAAAGUCCGAAAAAAUGUGAGGUUAUCUUCAAGGCAGCGAUCAAAUGAAGAUAUCAUUUGCAGACGAGUACGUUUUUCCCUACCAGAAGCCUCAAUGGAUUGUUUUGUGAUGCUGGAAAUCCUAAGAAUGCUCUUAAUGUUGUAGAGCUUGGACGUGCUAGAGCCCUAGCAGACUUGAUAGCAACUCAGUACUCUGCUGAACAACGCAUAUCAGUUGACUCGAAAUCAUCGACUGGUGUUGAAAAUGUCACGAAGAAAGAAAGUAAACGUACUUGUCUA